AUGGCUGAAUUACUUUCAGUUCAUGUUCACAUCCCGUCUGCUCUUGACAAAUCUCUGUGUCUGGAAAAAAAAGUAACAUUCAGUAACUCAGGGGAUCAGAUAAGUGUAGUUAAUAAUGAUGUCAGUGUCCACAGUACUCUCAGUAAGGAGACGAGGGUAUCCUUCACCCAUCUUCCUUACCGGAAACCAGUGGAUAUAAAAUUCAAGGAUUUAUCGUAUAUUGUGAAAGACUCAAAUAAAGAAACAAAGACCAUAUUGAAGAAUAUUUCAGGCCAUUUUAAGCCAGGAGAGUUGACGGCCAUCAUGGGACCUUCCGGUGCUGGAAAAUCAUCUUUAAUGAACAUUUUAACAGGAUACAGAACUAAGAAUGUACAUGGAGACGUGUUGGUGCGUCACAGACAAAGAGAUCUGCGAACGUUCCGUAAAAUGUCGUGUUACAUCAUGCAAGACGAUCAUCUACUACCUCAUCUUUCAGUCGAGGAGUCCAUGAUGUGUUCGGCAAAUCUGAAACUAGACGAAGGAUUGACUCAGAAAGAGAAAGAAGGCAUGGUAAAUGAGAUACUAGAUACUCUGGGUUUGAUUGAGACCAAGAAAACCAGAACAAGCAAUUUAUCAGGUGGUCAACGAAAACGUCUCUCUAUUGCCUUAGAGCUGGUCAACAAUCCUCCUAUUAUGUUCUUUGAUGAACCUACCAGUGGUCUAGACAGUGCAUCGUGUUUUCAAUGUGUAUCAUUAUUAAAAUCUCUUGCUGCUGGAGGCAGAACUAUAAUCUGUACCAUACAUCAACCUAGUGCUAAAUUAUUUGAGAUGUUCGAUCAUUUGUAUUUGUUAGCAGAAGGACAAUGUAUAUAUCGUGGAAGUAUAGCAGCAUUGUUACCGUAUUACGAAGCUCAAGGAUUUAAAUGUCCAAACUAUCACAACCCUGCAGAUUAUGCUAUGGAAGUAGCUGUAGGAGAAUACGGCGCCGAUAAAGUUCAACAUCUGAUCAAUGCUGUCAAAUCAGGACGCUGCGAUCCAUUUCAAGAAGAAUUCAAACGGAAACGGUCUUCUGCCUCAUCUGUGGCUUCAUCCAAUCAAGAGUGUCACACGUUUCAGACCAGUUGUUUUACUCAGUUCAGGAUUCUAUUUGUCAGGACUUUCAUGUCUAUCAUGAGAGAUACGACCCUAACAAGAUUAAGGUUGAUAUCUCAUCUAUCUGUGGGUAUUUUGAUUGGUUUAUUAUAUUUGGGAAUUGGUAAUGAAGCCAGUAAGGUGUUCAACAAUGCUGGGUGUUUGUUUUUCUGUAUGUUGUUUCUGAUGUUUACAGCUCUCAUGCCUACUGUCCUUACUUUUCCAAUAGAAAUGACAGUAUUUGUAAGAGAACAUCUAAAUUACUGGUAUAGUUUAAAAGCUUAUUAUUUAGCUAAAACUAUGGCAGAUAUGCCCUUCCAGAUAAUAUUUCCGAUAGUUUAUGGUAGCAUAGUUUACUGGAUGACCUCACAACCUAAUGAUUUCGUCAGAUUUUUCAUGUUUUUGACGUUAACAGUACAGACGUCACUGGUAGCCCAAUCGUUGGGUCUGUUGAUAGGGGCAGCUACUUCCUUACAGGUGGCAGUAUUUUUGGGACCAGUCACAGCCAUUCCAAUUCUCUUAUUCAGUGGAUUUUUUGUUAAUUUUGAUACAAUACCAGUUUAUCUACAAUGGUUGUCCUAUAUCUCUUAUAUAAGGUAUUCUUUCGAAGGAGCUCUUCAAGCCAUCUACGGCUUUGAUAGAGGUGCAUUAGACUGUGAUGAAAAAAUCUGUAUUUUCCAAAAAGCAGCAGAUGUGCUGAAAGAAUUGGACGUGGAACAUGCCGAGUUCUGGCUGGACUUUAUCAUUCUGUGUAUAUUUUUUGUGAUAUUAAGAAUUGGAUGUUAUUUGGUUUUAAGAUGGAAAGUAAAAGCUCAACGAUAA